ACACGACCUCUUUCAAAACAAAAAUAAAAUAUCCCUUUUAUUAUAUUUACUUUCAAGUUGUUUCAUUCCUUUGUUUAUUCUUCACUAAUAGAGAGGUCACAUGUUCUAUUCUGAGGCGAUUCUCUCAAAAAAGGGUCCCUUGGCAAAAGUAUGGUUAGCUGCUCACUGGGAAAAAAAGCUGUCCAAGGUCCAAACCUUACAUACGAACAUCGAACAAAGUGUACAUGCCAUUGUCACGGAAGAAACAGCGCCGAUGGCAUUGCGUCUUUCCGGCCAGCUUAUGCUUGGUGUCGUCCGUAUUUACUCAAGGAAAACUAGAUACUUAUUGGAAGACUGUAAUGAAGCUCUCUUAAGGCUCAAAAUGACUUUUCGCCCUGGGCAAGCUGAACAAAUUAAUGCCCCUCCUGUUACCUCAAUAAAAGGAAAGGAUGCCAUGGCUCAAAGUGCAAAUCUUACUCUUCCAGAUACCAUUACUGAGUUUGAUCUUUUGGCCCCAGAUAGCUCUUUUGAUAUGCAAUGGUCUCAACUUAUUCAAACACCUAAAUCUCGUCCCAUUGAAUUACAUACCCUACCUACUUCAUCUUCUCCUUCUGUCGUUUCUUCAGAACAGUCAAUUGAGGCUGCGCGAAAUGCUCCUCAUGAGAGCAACUUUUUCUCCGAUCCUCUUCGACGUAGUAGUAUUGAUAUGCAAUUUCAACUACCUAUAUUUCAGUCAGGCGCUGAUACGCCUAGAAGCGAGCAAUCUAUUGAAGUAGGAAGAGAUGCACCCCAUGAUCCUACUGGUGCUGCUGACCUUAGUGCACUUGUUGGAUCACAAGUUGGAAAAUCGCCUGCUUCUUCCGCUAGAAGUUUUGGGACCCCAAGUUUACUUCCCGUUGGAAACAACUCUUUGGAUAAUGAAUUGCUAGCUCCUGUCGAUGAUUUACAGUUAGAUCUUGGUUUGGACGAUCUAAUGAAUGAUACUACUGCUCCACCGCAACUUCCAGCUGAGGAAACAUAUGCUGAUGAAGUUUCUCACAUCGAAAUUCCUUCUGAUAAUCUUGACCAGGUAUCAUCUCCACAGGAAGAAGCUCCUGCAGAGAUAAACGAAGUUGCAGAGCAACAAGUCUCACCUUCUCGUGUCCCACGCCGUCAACGUGCUGUCAUUGAUCCGGUUACGGAAUUAUCUUCUCGACAAAUGAAAAAGCAAUUGUCAGAUACUUCUUCUAUCACAGCACCACUUUGUUUGAACACUAACCCCGUGGUAUUAAAUGCUACAGUUAAUUUCAUGCGCAAUGGUAACAUUCAAGCUUCUUUGUCUUCUUCCAACUUAAAUCCUCAUUUAGCUGAAAUUUUCAAAAUGGACUUCUUAAAGAAGCUCCAGGAAGAUGUAAAAAAGCGUAAAUCGUCCCCUGCAAGUGAAGAGGAGGAAAAUGAAGUAAGUAAACAUCGGAAGAUUGACGAAAAUAUCGCGCAAGGUCAGGAAUUAGAAGAACAACAGGUUCCAGAAGAGCACGAAGAGCUUCAAGCCGAGAGAAACCCUACUGAGGCUUCUGCUUUAGAUGCAGCUAAUGUAACUAAUGAUGAGCAGGAAGUGCUAGCAGCUGAAAGUCCCUCAGUUCCUCCAGCGGAUGAGAGUAUUGACGAUGAUUCUAUGAUGAGAGCACCACCUGUCAUGUUGGAUGAUAAUGAAUGGAAUGCUGAUAAUACACUAAAUGAACCUCCGUCUUUUGAUUCUAUGCCUAGUACGCAAGUGGCUAAAGAUUUUGUUCAUUCAAAAUGGACCCCUCGCGUACAAGGAGAACGGGCAUCAUUUAAAGAAUUGAGCGGUAACACAAAGCGUGACGAUGCUGUACAGCUAUUCUUUGAUGUUUUGGUAUUAGCGACGAAGGAUGCUAUAUCCGUGAAUCAGGACGAAUCUGCAAAAGGUGACAUUAUCCUUACUGCUAAACAAAAAAUGUUGUUCAAUUCUCUUUAAAGAAGUGAACUGAGAUAUUUUUUACUUGAGAAGAGUGAUGGGGAUAUUUUAUAUAUUUAAUCGCAUAUAUGUCAUAAUUAAAAAGUCCUCUGCUUCUUGCUGUUUUCAGUCAUAGUCUUCCUGACAUUCGCUCAUAUUUUUUAUCUUUUAAAUGCUUGAUGGUAUACAUUGUGUAUACAUUUGUUUGCUUGUUUAUAUAUUUUCGCUAACAUGUAUUUUAUUUUUGAUUAAGGGGCUAAAAUAUUUUUUGGACUAAUGAAUCUUUAUGCUGGA